AUGGUUUCUAAUGUCGCUUUAAUUAUUGUUGAUCUUCAAGAAGAUUUUCUUCCUCCAAAUGGUUCAUUAGCUAUUCAAAGCGCAAGGUCAAUAAUCCCGAAAAUCAAUAAUUUGAUAACUUCAAAAUCAUAUAAUUGGUCAACUAUUAUAGCUACUCAAGAUUGGCAUCCACAAACUCAUGCUUCAUUUGCAUCACAACAUAAUCAACGACCAUUUACAACCAAAACUUUUCAACAUCCAGAAAAAAGAUUAAAUCCUAAUACUGGUGAAAUAAUUGAGAUCAAUCAGACUCUUUGGCCGGAUCAUUGUGUUGAAAAUACAUUUGGAUCAUCGCUUGAAAAAUCUUUUCAUGAUAAUUUUAACCAAUUGGAAAAUAAAGCCAAAAUAAUUAUCAAAAAAGGAUAUUUACAAGAUCGUGAAUAUUAUUCUGCUUUUCAAGAUUGUUGGCAUUUGCAUAAAACAGAAUUGGAAAAUUAUUUAAGACAAUUAAAUAUUGAAAAAGUUGUUUUUGUUGGUUUGGCUUAUGAUUUUUGUGUGUUGAAUUCAGCUAUUGAUUGUUCCAAAUUGGAUUUCAAAACUUAUGUAUUGAAAGAUUAUUGUAGGUCGGUAUAUCCUGAUAAAUUUGUUGAAACAGAUACAGAGUAUAUGAAGAAUGGAGUUGAAGUAAUUGAAGGAAUACAUAUUCCUGAACUUUAA